UUAUCGCUGAUUACUUCUCUUAAACGCCGGAGCUGUGACUGAUGCUCCGGUCCCGGUGUCCACCAAGAUUUACCCUGGAGUUUUUAAAAGAAACAGACUUGAAAUAGUUUCAGGAGCAGCACAAGAAAAUGAUCAAGUCAAUCAUGUGGACAUGCUUCAUUAUUCAUUGAACACAAUCUUUUACAACGCUUCGUUUACGUGCAGGAGUUUCUUCUACGCUUUGCUUUAAAUUGUAAGUUCCUGACCUUCAGUACCUAUCCCAUGUCACUAGGAAUUUCUCUCAGCCAAGAGAAAGAUUCGGUGGUUUGAGAGUUACCUGAUGGGUAAACUGCGGCAAAGAGGUUAAGUGAUCUGUCUGAGGCCACAGAGGGUGUCAGCAUCAGAGCCAGGAGUAGAAUUAAGGAAUUCUUACCACCUCAUUAUGUGCUUAGACUACUAGUCUACACUGCUCUAACUGCUACAGCGAAGUGGGACACCCCUUUGGCAAUUUGUCAGUGCCAUGCUGAGCUGCAUCCAUUCACUGGGUAUUUUCUAACCAGACUGACAGUCCUUAAAACAAGUAUGCAGUUAAGCUGCUAAGGGAUGGAGGAAGCUAGUUUGUGCCUUGGUGUUUCUUCAGCUGUAUCAGAAGCUGAUGCCCAUCUCAACAGUACCAUACUUAAUGGCCAGUAUUCAAUGAGCCAGAAGCUGCAUCAGAUAACUUCACAGCUCAGUCAUGCCUUUCCAGAACUUCAAAACAGGCAGAAUACUGAGGAGAAGGCAUCAGCACCACUAGAAGAGAAAAGUCACGUGGCUAUAGCAAAUCAGCCAAUCAGCAGUCAGAUGGCACUGUUAGCAAAUCAGCUCAAUAGAGAAGUUGACACCAGUUUGAAUGGAAGAGUGGAUCUGCAACAGUUUUUAAAUGGACAAAACCUUGGGAUCAUGUCUCAGAUGAGUGAUAUCGAAGAUGAUGCCAGGAAGAACAGAAAGUAUCCAUGUCCCCUCUGUGGGAAACGCUUUCGGUUUAAUAGCAUCCUAUCUCUCCACAUGCGCACUCACACUGGAGAGAAACCAUUUAAGUGUCCGUACUGUGACCAUAGAGCAGCUCAGAAAGGCAACCUGAAGAUUCACCUACGUACUCACAAACUUGGAAAUCUUGGCAAAGGCCGUGGAAGAGUCCGAGAAGAAAACCGGCUUUUACACGAGCUGGAGGAGAGGGCGAUUCUGCGAGACAAGCAGAUGAAAAGCAGCCUUUUGCAGCCACGACCUGAUGUGAAAGCACAGCAGCAUUCUCAGCCAACACCUCUGGCAAACUGUAAUUUGUCUGUGCCAGCUAAUCACAGCACACCUGAUAUUUCGAACCCUGUCCCCUCUCCAAAGCCUGUGAGUGUCCAGGAAGAAGUAGUGGCUCAGACUGCUGGGUUCAGAUGCACAUUUUGCAAAGGAAAAUUUAAGAAGCGGGAAGAGCUGGACAGACACAUAAGGAUCCUGCACAAGCCUUACAAGUGUACUCUGUGUGACUUUGCUGCCUCCCAGGAGGAGGAGCUGAUUAGUCACGUGGAGAAAGCUCACAUAACUGCGGAGUCAGCUCAAGGCCAGGGAUCCAAUGGGAAUGGAGAACAAUCUACCAAUGAGUUUCGCUGUGAGGUAUGUGGCCAAGUAUUUAGCCAAGCCUGGUUCCUGAAAGGCCACAUGAGAAAGCACAAAGAUUCCUUUGAGCACUGCUGUCAGAUUUGUGGGAGGCGUUUCAAAGAGCCUUGGUUUCUUAAAAAUCACAUGAAAGUCCAUCUGAAUAAAUUAUCGGUAAAGAAUAAAUCUCCUAGUGAUCCAGAAGUACCUGUAUCCAUCAGCAGUAUGUCACAGGAAGCUCAUGCAAACUUGUAUUCACGAUACCUAUCAUGUUUGCAAAGUGGCUUUCUUCCUCCAGACAAAGCAAGUUUAAGUGAACAAAAUCAGAUUUAUAACAAAGGAGAUUUGCCUAUGAAAGAGAGAGAAGUUCUGGGGAAACUCCUUUCACCCAUUUCUGGCCACAGUAUUGUUGAAGGGGAUAAACAUUCUUUAUUGGGCUGUCUCAAUCUGGUGCCUCCUCUGAAAUCCAGCUGUAUAGAAAGGUUACAGGCUGCUGCCAAGGCUGCAGAGAUGGAUCCAGUAAACAGCUAUCAAGCCUGGCAGCUUAUGGCAAGGGGAAUGGCCAUGGAACAUGGCUUUUUGUCUAAAGAGCAGCAGAUACAGCGCAGCCAUGAAGACACUUUGGCAAAUGCUGGAGUUAUGUUUGAUAAGGAGAAGCGGGAGUAUGUGUUAGUAGGAGCAGAUGGCUCUAAGCAGAAAAUGCCUGCUGAUUUGGUUCACAGCACUAAAAUGGGCAAUCAGAGAGACUUGCCAAACAAACUAGACCCUUUAGAAGGCAGUCGAGAUUUUUUGUCACAUGGUAUGAACCAGGGACUUGAUUAUAACAUGCAUAGUCAUGGAAAUGUGAAAGAAAAGCCAACUGAGUGUCCUGACUGUGGAAGGGUUUUUAGAACAUACCACCAAGUUGUUGUUCACUCCAGGGUACACAAGAGAGACAGAAAAGCAGAAGAAGAGAUAAUUCAAAGUAACCUCGAUGAGCGACGUGGGUCUGGAAGUGAUCAAGAGUCUCAGUCUGUCAGCAGGUCGACAACACCAGGGUCCUCUAACAUUACUGAAGAAAGUGGAGUAGGUGGGGGUCUCUCACAGACAGGAAGUGCACAGGAAGACAGUCCACAUCCUUCCUCGCCUUCCUCUUCAGACAUCGGAGAAGAAGCUGGGAGAUCUGUAGGAAUCCAGCAGCCAGCUUUACUGAGAGACAGGAGCCUUGGUUCUGCCAUGAAAGACUGUCCAUAUUGUGGAAAAACAUUCAGAACGUCACACCACUUAAAAGUACAUUUGAGAAUCCAUACAGGUGAGAAACCUUACAAGUGUCCACAUUGUGACUAUGCAGGCACUCAGUCUGCAUCCCUCAAAUACCACUUGGAACGGCACCACAGGGAGCGACAGAAUGGAGCUGGACCUCUCCCUGGGCAGUCUCAAAGUCAGGAACACAAGGACGAAGCAUCAAGUAAAGGAUCUCUGUUUAUUAGACCUGACAUACUGAGAGGAGCCUUCAAGGGUCUUCCUGGUAUUGAUUUCCGAAGUGGCAUGAUCUCUCAGCAGUGGACAUCAGGAAUGCUUUCUUCUGGAGAUCAACAAGGACAAGCAACUGGCAUGUCUUCUGAGGUAUCUUCAGAGAAUAUGAAGGGUUCUGACAUAUCUUCCAAAGGAACACACUUUUCUGAACUUGGCCGAGCAUAUCAGAGCAUGGUUGGAAAUGGUGUGAACUUCCAAGGGUCUUUGCAAGCUUUCAUGGACAGCUUUGUCUUAACUUCCUUAAAGAAAGAAAAAGAAAUGAAGGAUAAAGCAUUAUCUGAUUCACUUUCCAUAAAAACUCUGGGCUCAGAGAGCGGUGAGGAUAAAAUAAAUACCAAGUCCUCACAAAGAAAAACAGAAAAAUCACAGUAUGAACCUCUUGACUUAUCUGUGAGGCCAGAUGUUGCCUCACUUCCAGGUUCAUCUGUUACAGUUCAAGACAAUAUUGCUUGGCAUGGCUGCUUAUUUUGUUCCUUUACAACGUCAUCUAUGGAAUUAAUGGCUCUGCAUCUCCAAGCCAAUCACUUAGGCAAAGCUAAACGUAAAGAUAAUAUUUUAGGAAACAGCAAAGAUCAAUCUCGGGAGGCUUCAGCUUCAGCCAAAAAAGUCAGUUUGGUCUCCUCUUCAGUGCAAUCCAGCAAAGAGGCAAUAGUUUCAAAUUUGAUUAGCCAGCUGGACUCAGCUUCUGAGAAAAUGACCCAAGGACAAAAUAAAGAGAUGCUGGGAGAACAAAAGAAUGCUGCCUGGCCCAGCCAUAUGGAUUCCACUUUUUGUAAUUUUACAACAGACUUCUACAAGCAGUUUGGUGUUUAUCCUGGUGUUAUUGGCACAGGAGCACAAAAUUCUUGCACCAGUAACAAACCCGAAGUGAAAACACAAUCUGAAGAUGACCCAAAUAUUUUGCUCUCUGACUCUGUAAAUAAAAGUGCUACUGAUGACCUGUCUGACAUAGCUUCAUCUGAGGAUAUGGAGUCCUCCAAGGAAGAAAACAUUGAAGAUGAGGACAUUGAAACAGAACCAGAUAUUAUGAACAAGCACUUAUCUGCCCUAAAUAAAGAAAGCAGCGAAGGAGGUGACAAUAUACAAAGCGCAGUCACCUCACAACCAACACCAGGACUAAUAUCACGGUUGCCACAAACAGAAAAGCAAUGGCACAGCCAGAAUCUUCUCUCCUCCCAUGAAACUUCACAAGGUGUGAUGAAAGCUGAACAAGUACAGGGUCCACAGGUCCUUGAGAAGCAGAUGAACAUGUUGUCAGUCCUAAGAGCUUAUAGCUCUGAUGGCUUAGCAGCCUUUAAUGGACUUGCAAGUAGCACAGCAAGCAGUGGAUGUAUCAAGAGACCUGACUUGUGUGGUCACAGGCCUUUCCAGUGCAGAUACUGCCCAUACAGUGCCUCUCAGAAGGGAAAUCUGAAGACCCAUGUUCUUUGUGUCCAUCGCAUGCCUUUUGACAACAGCCAGUAUCCAGAUCGCAGGUUCAAGCGCUCCAGAGUUGACUCCGAGGCUUCUGGGAAUUUAGAGGAACCUGCAGCUGUCAAACCUGGGAGCUCAGCAGAGCUAACAGAGGAGGGCAGCAAGGCCCAAGAGUAAUGCAGCUGAACAAAUCAAUCUAUAUAUUGCAAUAUUAUUUUACACAGUUCUUAGGUGUGCAUUUGGGUAAGAGUUUGAUAACUACAUUCCAAGGAAAAGAAUUGUGUACAAAUUCCCAGUGGUGUACAGGAUGUUUAAAACAUUUAAAUAUAUAUAUAUAUAUAUAUAUAUACACAUCUACACGUAUAUAUUACAAAAAGAAAAAAAAUAAUUCCCAGCCCUUGAAAAUGACUGCUAAACUGUUACCUGGCAACAAGUACUUCCAAACAACGUAGGUGGGAUAAUAA